GCACCACUGCAGCGUUGGUGAAAGUGCCUCUCCGGAAAAAGUACUAUCACACUUUUAUCAAUGAAUUUUACCAGGUUCUCAAGGAAUUUCCUCAAAGUUUCACAAUGGGGAGCAGAGAGAAGCCGUUUUCUCUCAGCAUCCGCUGUGAUUCAGCAGAAAGCCAAAACGGCUGUUCUGAUGCUGAACAUGGGAGGUCCCCAGACUACCCAGCAGGUCCAUGAUUACCUAUUGGGUAUCAUGACUGAUAGGGAUAUGAUCCAGUUGCCUGUGCAGAGCAAACUCGGCCCAUGGAUUGCACAGAGGCGUACUGAAGAGGUUCAGAAGAAGUAUCAGGAAAUCGGUGGAGGAUCUCCAAUUCUCAAGUGGACCAAUCGUCAGGGAGAGCUUCUCUGCGGCCAGCUGGAUCGUGUGUCUCCCGAAACAGCCCCCCAUCGUCACUAUGUGGCCUUUCGCUAUGUCACUCCCACGACAGCUGAAGCCAUGGCGAAGAUUGAGGAAGAUCGCUCAGAACGCGUUGUAAUCUUCUCACAGUAUCCACAGUACAGCUGUGCCACCUCCGGCUCCAGCUUCAAUGCCAUCUUCGAUCACUUCAAGAAGAACAGCCCUCCAAAGGGGAUUUCCUGGAGUGUCAUCGAUCGCUGGCCAACACAUCCUCUCCUGGCCAGGACUUUUGCUGAGCGAAUCCGAGAGGAAUUGACAAAAUUCCCUUCUGAAAAACAGAAAGACGUGAUUCUAAUGUUCUCAGCCCAUUCCCUUCCCCUGAAAGCCGUCAAUCGUGGGGAUUCCUAUCCUUCAGAAGUUGGAGCCACUGUCCAGGCUGUUAUGCAGGAGCUAAACUUCUGCAAUCCUCAUACCCUUGUCUGGCAGUCCAAGGUGGGCCCAUUGCCUUGGCUGGAACCCUUCACGGACGCCGCUCUUAAGGCAUAUUCUCGACAGGGCAAGAAAAACUUCAUCCUCAUUCCCAUUGCCUUUGUCAAUGAGCACAUUGAAACCCUGCAUGAGCUGGACAUUGAGUACUGCCAUGAUUUGGCCCAGGAACUCAAGAUUGAGCGAAUUGGACGAGCUGCAGCUCCCAAUGAUCAUCCAGUGUUCAUUGAGGCGAUAACGGACAUUGUGGCUCAGCAUCUCCGGAAAGGCCCUAAAAUCACCCCCAAAUUCCUCUCCAGAUGCCCCCAUUGUGUCAAUCCCAGGUGCUUAGAGAGCAAGAAUUGGUAUACUAAAUUCUGUGAAUAAUUUGUGAUAAGAAUGAUAAGAAAAUAAAAUUGGUUUUGGUAUUUA